UCUAGUGUAAUUAACUUGGUUCAGUUCAUGUAUUCGCCGAAAGAUGGCGCUAUAUGUAGUGGCGGAUUGAUCGCAUAGGUUAAGCGGGGUAGUGUUAGUUUGAUGUGUAUUGUGUUGAAGUUUUUGUAUUUUCGUUACAGUGAAAAUAAAAGUGACAUGAUUUUCAGAUGUUUUGUGUUGACGGUAAUUUAGAACAAAGUUAAUUAGUACAUGGAGUUUAAUUAAACAUUUCGUCGGUCCCUUGAGGGAUUCGGUAUUUCCUUUCGUUCGAGAAGGGCACGAUGCUCUUUCUAGCUUUGUGAUAUGGUCACUAUGAGCUCCGAUAAGUCGGUUGUCCGACGCAAAGCAGAUUCAAACAAUGGUGCCCAGGCAGCAGGACCUGUGCCUGGUGGUACAGAAGACACUCCAAAUCAUCUUGUUUACAAAAAAAUGGAGCAGAUUGUUGAAAAAAUGCAGGAUGAAACAACUGGAGUACCUGUCAAAACAGUCAAAAGUUUCAUGUCUAAAAUACCAUCUGUGUUCACAGGAUCAGAUUUGAUAAUGUGGAUGCUAAAGAACUUGGAUGUUGAAGAUCAAGUGGAAGCUCUACAUCUUGCUCACUUGAUGGCGGCACAUGGGUACUUUUUUCCUAUUGAUGAUCAUAUGUUAACUGUCAAAAAUGACAAUACUUUCUACAGAUUUCAGACACCAUACUUCUGGCCAUCAAAUUGCUGGGAACCAGAAAACACAGACUAUGCUGUUUACCUCUGCAAGCGGACUAUGCAAAACAAGACACGACUGGAGCUAGCUGAUUAUGAGGCAGAAAACCUGGCACGAUUACAAAAAAUGUUUUCCAGGAAGUGGGAGUUUAUAUUCAUGCAAGCCGAAGCCCAAAGCAAAGUAGACAAGAAACGUGACAAACUGGAAAGAAAAGUACUUGACAGUCAAGAACGUGCCUUUUGGGAUGUGCAUCGGCCCAUGCCAGGGUGUGUAAAUACUACUGAAAUUGAUAUCAAGAAAGCCUGCAGAAUGAAUAAACCAUUGAAAAGUAGUAAGCAUCUACAGUUGGGUGUGGCUGGAGGUCGCAUUUCACCCUCAACAUUGGAAACUGAUCUUGCUACACCUGUGGAACAUUUAAAGAGACAUAUAGCUAUGCUAAGGAAGCGUUUAGAUAGACGGAAUAUUAAAGUUUCUAAAGUAGCAGAGGCAUGCAUCAGCUACUUUGAACAGUAUAUUGAAUAUGAUCCAUUUUUCACUCCACCUGAGCUUACUAAUCCAUGGAUUUCAGACAGUACUGAAUUAUGGGAGCAGGAAAAAACAGCGAAAGAAAUUUCUGCUCGGCGAGUAAAACGCUGGGCAUUCAGCCUUCAGGAGCUACUGCAAGAUCCUGUAGGGAAGGAACAUUUCACCAAAUUUCUUGAUAAAGAAUUCAGUGGGGAAAAUCUCAAAUUUUGGGAAGCUGUACAAGAAGUAAAAGCUUUGCCUCAGAAGGAUGUCCAGGAUAAAGUAAAUGAGAUUUGGGCUGAGUAUUUGGCACCUGAUGCUAGCUGUCCAAUAAAUGUUGAUUCCCGUUCCUAUGAAAUCACCAAAAAGAACAUGGAAAGUCCUGAUCGGUGGAGCUUUGAUGUAGCUGCAGCACAUGUUUAUCACUUGAUGAAAAGUGACAGCUAUUCGCGGUAUUUAAGAUCUGAAAUGUAUAAAGAAUUCUUAAAUGGCUCAAAGAAAAAGACAUCUGUGAAAGGAAUUCGCUCAAUAGUUUCUUUCUCAGCUCGUAAGGAAACAACAUCAUCAUAGUAUGGUUUUAUGGGAAGAAAAUAAUUUUCUAAAAUAUAUACAUCGUGAUAGCCACAAGCUGAAAUCAUGAGAAUGGUGGUCAAAUAUUGCAUGAAGAUGGAAUUUUGUAUAGAUGUUAGUGAAGGAAACCAUCCGUUUUGGUGUUUGGAUUUCACUAUGCAAAAGGGGUUGUGAACCCAUAAGUGAUAUUUUUGUAACCUGUAACAUCCUUACUUGUGAUGCAGUGAGUACAUGAAUUGAGGUUGCUAAGUAUAAAUGAGAAAUUGCUGUUAAGAACUGUUCUGUUAGAAAUGUGAGUGUAAAUUGAUAAUUUAAAAUUUAGAAUGUAUAGAAGUUAAAUAUGACUGGUGCAUUACAAGACUACUCUUCAUGUAUUAUAUUGGGGACUGUCACUGUCAUGUACAUAAUUUGAGAAGCUUUUUUGUUGGCAGGCUAUAACCAAAGUUACUCUGUUUUCAGCUCUUAAUGCUGCAGAAUAUGUAACAUAUACUUGCAAGAAAUUAGAGUUAUGUGCGUAAGCCUUGCCAUAUCUUAUCUUUAUGCUCCCUUAAAACUUAAUAAAGCAUUUAAAAUCAGGAUUUGGGUUUACUGGCUGCACAAACGCAGUGAUAGUAUUUUGCACAUUUUUUAAGCAUAUAUAGUUACUUUGAGUCCAAGAUUCUUUUGUUUUUAUUGUAUCUUGGAUAAUUUUGAAUUUCAUUGUUGCAUAUUAGUAUGUCUUGAUAUUGAAAUUAGCUUCUCAUACUCAAUAAUUUAAGGAAGGUACAGCACAAAGUGAAACCAUAUCAAGGAGAUUAAUUUGAGUCACUGCAGUUUUUACCAUGCUGUCACCUGUGAAGCAAAGUAUUAAAAAUAACAGUAAGUGUAAACUUGGUAAAUGAGAUUUAGGCUGCUAACAUAGUUGUUAUAUGAUCCUUAUGUGAAGAGACUUAGUAGUCUGACUUAAUAUUUUGUAACUUAAGCACAGAAUUUGUAGAGUCAAGAAGGAUAUGAAACAUUUGAUGUUUGUAUCAUUCACAAAGUGUUCUGCAGUCUACGUGUUUUCUGUUUCCUAGUGCCAUAAUUGGGGUGUCACAAUAUCCAUCCAGCGUGCAACAUGAUAUGUGUCUGGAGACAUUGAUGUAGAUGUGGUUUGAAUAUGCUGGCAAGAAACUCCAAAGUUAUGGAGUUCUCUCUGAGUAUUAUUACUUAAAAUGUAAUUCAGUGUUCAAUAGCAGAUUGAAAUAUUACUAAAUAUCUUCAUUUAUAGUAGCAAAAUGACAGAAAGUAUCAACAUGAAUUUUAGUGGAUAAUGUCGACAUGUUCAAAAUUCAUUUACACUCUGUGACAUGUUGGUUCAUUUACUUCUGUGCUUGAAGCAAUUGUAGAUGUCCACGGGUAGUAUGGUAGUUGGUGUUACAGAAGAAAGCCAAACCCACAGCUGUUAGUCAGCUUUUGAAACUAUUUACAAAAUUAUUGCACAAUAUUGUAACUUAAUUCUGUAUUUCUUGUGUAGCAUUGUUAUUGUGAUUGUUUUUUCCAUUUAUUGUUUGUUACCAAUUUUCAUAUUAAACUUAAGUGACUAAGAAUCAUCUGUGAUCGAUUUAUGUUCUAUGAAAAGACUGUACAAGUGACAGAAAAAAUUUGCUCAUGAUAAAUAUUAAGGAUACUUAUAUAUGGUGCAUUUUGUGAGUUUUUUAAGUUUUCUUAUUCCUUUUUUGUCUGUUUAUGUUUUUGUUAUAUUUUUUGCUUUUAAGCCAGUCAUUUUACGAAAGAAUAUAAUAAAUAACAGUUACCUUGAUUUUGUAAAGUUGCAGUAAUUCUUCAGUUUCAAUUCUAUGGUCACAAUAAAGGAAGAGUGUCAGGUUAAGUGUAUAGGACUCAUCAAAAAAUGUUAAAAGUAUGAAUUAGGGGAUGAUAUUUCAAAGAAAGUUUUUGGAAAUGUUCCACAUUUCACUUUUAACAGAUUUCAUAAUUAAAAUACACUGCUUGUUAGUACUUGUAUUCAUUCUUAAGGAGAACAAUGAAAUAUGGCAAUAGAAAGCAUCUAAUCUAUGGUGGACAGUGAAACAUAGUUUUAAGUUUCAUAAUAAAUGAAGGGAUAUCAUAUCUGUGUCAUUACAGAACCCUUUCAGGCACUUGAUGGCAUUUGACGAAAACAGUUGCAGUGAUCAGUUUGAUUUUUGUGGUUUAGAGAAGAUGUGCUCAAGUGAAUGCUCAAUACCAUGUAAUGGAAAUUUGUUCUCCUAUUUCAUAUAUAGUACAAGAAGUUUUUGUGUUAAAAUUGUUAGCUUGUUUGUUCUACUUACUCCACGACACAACUUUAUGUUCUUUCAUUAUGUUAUGCACUGAGACACUCAUUUUGUCUCACUUAUUUGGUCCACGGAAGCAUUGUGUGAAAUAUACACUGUUUUCUGACCUCCAUCAUUGAGAAGAUGAUUAACCAGUGCUUACGAUGGCCAUUUAAAUUUGUGUUGUGAAAGAGGUCUGAUGAAAUGCUUGUAAUGCACAAAUAUUACACCUGAUUACACAGGGGUACAAUAAGAAAGGAAAGUGAGAGAACAUUUAUAACAGAUGGUAUCUGAGUUACAGUAAGUGACUUCAUGAAACACAUGUAGUGUGCUCGCAGUUGAGUUUACAGUUUUAGCUGGCAGAUCCGAAACAAACCUUAAAUGCAUGCCCUUAUCAAUGAUAAUAGUAUGUUUUAGAAACACAAAUAUGUCAUAGUGUGUGUGUAUGUGAAACAUUAUGAGAUAGCAACUUGCCUUUUGUGUUAGUUGACCAUAAAAACAGUUUUGUGGUGUUCUUCUGCUAUCUUAUGAAAGAAUUACAUAUCUGUGGUUUUUAUUUUCUUGUAGGAUCAUUUACAUUGUGCAGGGUAACCUUGCCUGUGGUUGAAUGUAACUUCCUAAAAUUACAGGUUUUUUUACACGUGUUAUAUGUGGUGUGUUACAUAUUUUAUUAUUUCUGCCACUGAUACAUUCAGAAAAGCUGCACAGCAUUCCAUUGCUGACACAUUUAUCAUCACACACGAAAAAUGUGUACAUUCAGUUUUCCAACAAAAUAUGUUAGUUCACAUGGUCCUUUUAUUCAGAACCAAUCUAUGAAGCUGCAAAAACUGGUAAAUUAGAUUUGAAAGAGUGCUUGUGCACCUAAAACUUCUCUCAGUACGGCAUACUCUUAUUAUUCCUACCACAUUUCUGAAGUGAUUUACAACUGUCUUCAUUUCACUACAUGUUGCUGAACUUCUGUUUCCUACAAAAUAUCUUAAAUAGAGGUCCUCUCUCCUGUUUCAUUCUGUAGCUAAAAGGUUAUUUAAAUUUGUUCUGCUUCAGUUUCAUAAUCCAUGAUUCAAACACUAAUAAAACUGCAGGCUCUUAAGUUCAUAUUGCUAUUAAAAUAAUAAAUAACUAUGUACUGACUGUUCUAGAGUCAACUGUGUAAGUUUGAUGAUAUUCAAAAUGAAAACAUGCUGUGGAGGAAGCUUCCAUAGACAGCUCAUGACACCUGGUAAUUAACAUUCAUUUAUUAAUCCACUUUGUUGUAUCCCAACUUACACACCAUCUGAGUGCAUAUUUGAGUGACAGACAUUCUUGUCUUCCAUCUUACUUUUCAAAUUCACUAUGACAGUGGAAUGCUAUGAACUGCAUGUAAACAAAGACUUCAUGAUAAGGCAUCACCCACCUUAGAGAUGGAGUGGCACAUAGACCUACAACAGUUAAUGAUGGCUAUUGAGCCCUGCAACAGAUAAUGAUGGCUAUUGAGCUUUCGAACAUUUGAAGGGUUCGGUGGUAGAAACUGCUAACACACAAGAGCAUAUUUUGCAUUAUUGCAUGUUAUACAUUUGGUUAAAUUCAAAUGUGAGGACAUACAUAUAAUUAGACAAAGCAAUUUAUAUAGUAGACAGUAUAUUCUAACCAUGCAUAUUGAACUACUACCACCUGCAUGUGGUAAAUUUGAAAACACAACAGAUAAGUAAGCAAAUUAAUCCUUACUAAAUAGAAGGGUUUGCACUUUCUUCAACUGGCCCUUUCAUUUGUUCAUUGUGACAACAGAGAGGAAAUUAUGCACAGAAGUUUUUGUAUAAUUUGCAUUUUUAAAAUUUUCCUGUUUCUCGAGAAUCAAUUUCCAAAAAUCUAGUAGUCAUCACUUCAUGUUAAGUGUCUGUUGGCCACUGGUCACUUUAUCUUAUGGGCAGUUAUUGCCUACACUCUCAGUCAUUUACAUUGGGAAUCCUAUAAUCUAAAACAGGAAUUUUCAUUCCUGAGGACAAAUGAGAUUCAAAAUUAAGUUGAUCUAUGGUUUCACACAUGGAAUGGGCAAUGAAGGUAAAAUCAUUCAUUAUGAACCAUUUUGAAAAGUUGUUCUCCAUCUACAAAUGUGGAUAAAGAUUAUAUUCUCUCCAAAUUUAUUAUGAAAUUUUACUUUUUAUUUGCAUUUUCAUUCAGAUUUUGAAGAAAAAUGGAUGUAUUAUAGGUUAGCAACAGUUCUGUAUUUGAUGACAUUAUUUUUAUGUAUAGUAUUUGCCACCUAGUUUAAUAUUCUACCUAGUUUAAUAUUCUCCUUAUUUAGUGGCACUUUUAUACCAAGGUUGUGCUUGCCCAUGGCAAUUGACUGAAAUAUUUGCAGUCAUAAAUACACUGAGAAAUUCAGUCUUAUGAGGAGCAGCCUUCAUAUGUGAUACUGAAAUGUCACAGAUAACAAAUUUACUGACGUGUAAAUUUAUGGACCGACAUAUACAAAAGCAUGAAAGCAAGUUUUAUGAUGCCAUCAUAGACAGUAAUAAGAACAAUUAUUUCUUAAUUUUAAUUAGUUUUAACUUGUUUCCUUUAGUAUCAAAGUUGUCAAGAUGUCCCUGCUGCCCCAACCCACCCUCCCCACUCUGCACCCAUCUUUCUCUGCCCUAUUCUUUUAUAUAGUUCUUUAUUGUAGAAAAAUGUUAUCUUUUUAAGCAUAUGUGUGUCAUUUUCUUAGCCACUCACUCACUCAGGUAUUACUUUGUGUCUAAACACUGGUUCAGUAUUCUAGAAAUAAAUCUUGCAAUUGUUUCAAAAGGUAUUUUACAAGAAAUGGUGACUCUCUCUCAUCUUCAUGCUAUUUACAGAAAAUGAUGACUCUGUCUCAUCUUGAUGUUAUUCACACCAAAGGUUACACAGACAAUACUCUCUCACAUAUCUAUAAAUGAUAUGAAAUCAUAAUAGCAUUUUGUCAAACUUGCUUCUUUGAUUAUAUGUAUAUAUUUUAAGCUGACACACAAACGCAUACUCAUAAACCCACAUCCAUUGUACAUACUUGCUUACACAAGUGUAAUAACUGAAAGGGUCAACUGUUUUGACACUAUCUAGAAAUUUAUUCCAAUGUGGCCAUAUUGACAUGUUUUUAAUUAUUUAUAUUAUAAGAUCUCUCAUACAUUCAGUUAUGUAUAGUGGCCAAAUGAGAUAACAGCACACUGCUGCUGUUAUAAAUGUGGUAGAUUCCUUGUACAGUUGUAUGCUGUACUGUUGUAUACUGUCAGACUCUAAGAAAUGUUCACUUCAUGUACUUUUAAUACUACUUGUUGUUUCUUUGGCUGAAAGAAUAUCUGCAUAUACAAUACACAAACUAUCACUCUAUGUGACAUCAUGUAUCCUCAUUAUGUUAACACAUUUUCUUGGUCACAGCUGUUGCUUUACACACUCUUCAAAUUUUCUGGAUAUAUUAAGAUUCAGACAGAAUUUUGGUUUUUGUUAUAUUUCUGCCAAAAUGUUCAGGAAUUGUUUUCAGUAUUAGUUGCAGUUUAAUGUAAACACAGCUUAUCAUUAAGCACCAACUUGCAAAUGGAUAUGAGGGAUACAACAUAUUGUUUAACUUUUGUUAUUAAUUUUAUCCUAUUACAACUUUGAAAUCAUAUUGUUUCCCUAAAAGUAACCUUUUUACAUGUAGUUUCUGCCUUUCUUUAAAAGUGUAUGAAAAUAUGGAAAAUAUUUCCAGUGAGCUUUGUUCUUAAUUUAAAGAAACAGCAGUCAUUAUUCCAGCAUUGGCAGAACAGUACACACCGUUAGUGUCCAUGUUGUUGUUCAGAAAUGAUCCCUAUUUCAUCUCUAUAAAAACAGUAAACUGUUGUCAUGUAAUAGAAACAACUAAAAACUACUUGUCAUUGACAGUUGUGUGUGAAUGCUAAAAUUUCCCAUGUUGUGGUGUCCAACAUGAAGUUUCGUUCCUUCAUGUGCAACAUAACAUUGUUCUUUCACAGUUUGGAAUAACUUUAAAAAUGAUUAACAAUGAUGUUCUCACAAAGACUUUUACAUUUUUUUUUUUUAGUUUUACACUUAUUUACAUUCAAUAGAGCUAAUCCAUGAUUACUAGUGGGCUGAACUAUAAGUCUCCAAAUUUGCUUGGAAAAAUUCUAUAGCAUCUUUGUUGGGAAGAAAUAUGUAUAUGUGAAGCAAAGAUGAAAUUCUUUCCUCAUCUUCCUCUGCCACUACUGAGCAAGACAGUGUAAUGUUAAAGCACUGGACUCACAUCUGGAAGGAACAGAGGUCAGUCAUUCAUCUGGACAGCCAUGAGUUCCCUAAAUUUCUUACAGAAAAUAUCAGAAAGGGUCCUUCAAAAAGGGAAUGUCUCAUUCUUUUCCUGUCAUUUAUGAGCUUGUACUCUCUCGCUAAUGAUCUCAUUGUUGACUGCUCAUUAAACUCUAAACUUCCUUCAUUUUUCACUCUACUGCUCCAACAAAUUUGUGCUGCCCCCUCCCUUCUCUUCACAGUUCUCCACAAUCUCUUCGCAGUUCUCCACAAUCUCUUCACUCUCUCCAACCUCGUCUGUGUUGUUUAUUUUCUCAUUGUUGCAAGAAUGAAGAAUUGCAACAAAUAGUGCUGUUAAAUUUAUUGAGCAGUUGUGUAUUUUCCAAUUUUAAAUGUUUCUCAAAUAAGAGGAACCAACUGAAGUAAUACAAGAAGAAAAUGAGGAAAAUGGAAAGUAUAAAUAAAGUCAGUGAUUUGUUGUGCUGAAGUAGCAGCAGUUUUUGUUUUACAUUUUCAUAGCAUUCUGAUAAUACAUAUUACCAUGUCCUUCCUUAGAAUCUAAGUGAAGAAUAUCUUUUUGUAAGUCAUGAUGAUGAUAAGGAUGUUAUUGUUGGUGUGUCAGUUUCACCACACAUUUUGUAUUAAUGCUUACUCAUAAUAUUUUGUGUGAAACUGUCUGAGCUGACAAAAAGAAUGUUAAAGAAAUGUACAUGUGGAAAUACUAAUAACUGUGUAAUAGUAAAAGUGUGUAAUUUAUUGUUUCUGUAUGUCAGAGUUACAUGAGUAAUUUUUUGUUUCCAGGUGUGGAAGUAGGCAGUAGACUAUUGUCAUUUUGGACACUGUCAUUCGCAUUUCAUACCAUGUGAGCUUUAGUAGUUAUGCUGGCAUUACUGUUAGGUAGUGUAAGAAACAUUCUUUCCAUUACUUGCAUCAUGUGGUUCAUGUAAUAUUUAUUGAAAACUGCUUCUUGUUAAUUUAUAGAAGAAGAAAUGAAAUUGCAGAAUACAUUUUUAAAGUUUUCUUGCAUUAUGUGUUUGACACUAAUGUAUUAACAAGAACACUGAUAUUAUUUUCAUAGUGGAUAUAAAAAGUGUUGUGAAUGAAAAAAAAAGAUAUUUACUGCAUAUAAAUAAGUUUGAAGAUAUUUUUUAAUUGAGAUGUAGAUGUGUAGAGAGGCCUUUUUGUGAUUUCAGAAGUUUCUAUGGAAAUACAAUUUCUAGAAUUACUGUUGAAUUUGUUCUACUUAGUUUUUUAAUGGACAGAUUGCUAAAAUUGGCAUGGUCUGAUAUUUUAAAAGUUUCCAUUAAAAAACUUAAGAGUAAACAUGUUCAACUAUCUAAUACGGGUAUUUAAAAUGAAGAUCAGACUUUCCAAGAGAAGCUUAUGAUGUUUUAUGCUUAGUUACACAUAUUUCUAAUUAUGUGAAUUAAUAAAUAUGUUCUCAGAUGGGGUUCAUACCCUAAAAUUCUGUACAUGGUACUGAUUUUUAAUGUGACUUUUUUACUACAUG